AUAUGACUUCGCAUUAUAUCUGUCAUUUUAGUGUUGUAUUAGAAUUAAAAUAAAUUCAUCAUCUCAAAAUGAAACACCGCCUUCUUGUAUGGGGUGCAACACAAAUAGUACAAGUAUGUCGCUCGAAGGAAAGCAUGGUUAUCGGUGAGGACAUGAAAAACGUUGCAACGUUAGACAAAAACGAAAAUGUAGCUGACGGAUGGAGUCUUGUCGUUAGCAGGGAAGGAGUUAUAAGUGACAUCGACAAUGAUUCCGCUAUUCAACUGAAGUACGGAUUCGGCCAUAAAUUAGGUCCAAGAGCUGAAGAUGUUUUUGAUCAGAUAAUUGACGCCAGAGACUGUUGUGUGUUGCCAGGUUUAGUAGAUGGUCAUACACAUCCAGUUUGGGCCGGGGAUCGUGUUCAUGAAUUUGCAAUGAAAUUAGACGGCGCAACGUAUAUGGACGUACAUAAGGCUGGCGGAGGUAUCAAUUUUACAGUUCGACAUACUUGCGAUGCGACAGAAGACGGACUUUACAAUUCGUUCAAAAAACGUUUGCGUAGAAUGUUGCAAUCUGGUACGACAUUAGUGGAAUGCAAGAGUGGGUAUGGUUUGAAUUUACGAACAGAAAUGAAAAUGUUAAGAGUUAUUGACAGAGCCCAAAGAGAUCCUGAUAUUCCUAUCCAGAUUUCAAGUACAUAUUGUGGAGCUCACUCUAUUCCAAGUGGCUCAACGGCAGAACAAGCGGUACACGAUGUCAUAAACGUACAGAUCCCUGCCAUAAAGAAAGAAAUGUUGGAAGGAAACUUGACUGUUGAUAAUAUUGAUGUUUUCUGUGAGAAAGGAGUCUUUGAUGUCGACCAAUCUCGACGAAUUUUAAAAGCUGGAAUCGAAGCAGGAUUGCUCGUGAAUUUCCAUGGUGAUGAACUCAAUCCAGUGAAAGCAGCUGAGAUGGGAGCGGAGCUGGGAGCGCAUGCAAUUAGUCAUUUGGAAGAAAUUUCAGACGAAGGAAUACGAGCCAUGGCACUAGUAAAGUCAGUAGCUGUUCUGCUACCAACUACUGCUUAUAUAUUACGACUUCCUCAACCACCAGCACGAAAGAUGAUUGAUGGUGGAGUGCCUGUCGCUCUUGGAUCGGAUUUCAAUCCAAAUGCUUUUUGCAUGAGCAUGCCUCUGGUUAUGCACCUAGCCUGUGUUAACUUCCGCAUGUCUAUGACGGAAGCUCUUCAUGCUGCAACCAUAAAUGCUGCCGCCUCUCUCGGAAAAUCGUCCUCUCAUGGGUCAUUAGAAGUAGGUAAAAGAGGGGACCUGCUUGUUUUGAAAGCUCCGAGAUGGGAGCAUUUAAUUUAUCAAUUUGGAGAAGUAGGACAUAUUCUUAUGUAUGUUGUUUGCAACGGAAAGAUUGUUCACGAGGGACUCACUGAUUGACAUAUAUAUUUCUGUUUAACACUGUGUAUAAUGAAUAAUAUAAGGUUACAGGAUGAAAA